AUGAACCAGACUGUUUUGGUGACUGGAGCCUCGGGCUUUAUAGCACAGCACAUUGUGAAGCAAUUGGUGAAGGAGGGGUACAAGGUCGUUGGCACUGUUCGUCUGGCGGCCAAGGGAGACAGAUUGAAGAAAAACGUGGACGGUUUGGGUGGCUCUUUUGAGUACGAGUUGGUUCCAGAUAUCAGCAAAGCCAACGCGUUUGACGCUGUUUUUGACAAGCAUCAGAACUUGGAUGUUGUUCUUCACACGGCGUCGCCGUUUUUCUAUGACACGGAGGAUCCCGAGCACGAUUUGGUGAUUCCAGCGAUCAGAGGCACUGAGAGCGUGUUUGAGGCGAUUCUGAAGCAGAUUCGAAACGGAAACGAAAGCGUCCAGAGAGUGGUGAUCACGUCAAGCGAUGCAGCAUUGUAUUCGGCCGAAGGCGAACAAACUACAGGCUUGAAGUUCGACGAAUCAUCGUGGAAUACCAUCACCUACGAGGAGGCCAUAAAGGACCCCAUCAGCGCCUACUACGGAGCCAAAACGUUUGCAGAGAGGACAGCGUGGAAGUAUGCAAAAAUGGAUCCUUUUCCAGAGACCACCGCUAUCAAUCCCGUCUACGUUUUCGGACCCCAGGCCUUCGACAACGAGGCAGAGGGCAAGUUGAACACGUCCAACGAGAUGAUCCGUGGGUUGCUCAAGUUGAAGGAGGGCGACGAUUGGUCAAACGACACCGGCGGGUUUAUCGACGUGAGAGACGUUGCCAGGGCGCAUUUGCUUGCGUUCCAGAAAGACGAAACUGCCGGAAAGAGGCUCUACAUGACCAACGGCAACUUCAGCGUCCAGAUGAUGCUUGAUGCUAUACACAAGAACUUUCCGGGUUUGGCAAUUCCAAAGGGCAAACCAGGCAAUGGGCCGCAGGACGUUGCACACAUGGCUGAGAAGAGGAACGGCAGAAGCAGGGAUUUGCUUCAGUUCGACUUUGUGCCUUUUGAAAAGGUCAUUGUGGAUACAGUGAAGCAGAUCCAGGAUAAUUCGAGGAUCUAG